CUUCAAAUAUUUGUCUAACAUAUCAGAUGUUAGCUCGUACACUAUUUGACGAAGCGCGGCGGUGCACUUCUACACACUGCUAAAAUCGUGUCGGCCUCUCGCAUCAAAGUGAUGGGUGAACAAAGGCACCUUGCGUUAAUAUCGGUAGACAUUCCAGAGCUUGCUAACUGCAAUGGCAGUAUUUUCUUCAUCCACUCCUCCCUCGCAGCAGAAGGGCCUUUACAAUUUGUACGCCUCGGCAUUGCUUCUUCUCUUCCUCAUCAUCUUGUUCUAUUUCAGCAGACUGACUCUAGAGCCCAAACUCACAGUCUACAGAGAUGUGUUCUCAGAAACCCACCUCCCCGGGUCUCUCCUUUCCCCUCAACCAUCCUCACCAGCUCGAUUCCAUGGCGCCUACAGUUCACCAAUCCCGUCAGGAAACCCCGCCGUUUCGGACCCAGAUUUCGAUCAAAUCGACGAACAGCCUUCAUCCGUUUCUUCCGACGCUUUUGGAGGCGAAGUGGCCGAAUCUAAAGGGGACGAGGGCAGUGUUGUGGCGUCCAUGUCCGCAUCUGAAUUGGAAUGGAGGAGAAAUGAAGCUUCAGAGGAGAAUCAAAGGUGUAAUCCGUAUAAAGGGAAUUGGGUGAAAGAUGAUGAACACCCAAUUUACAGUCCCGGGUCUUGCCCCUAUGUGGAUGAGGCAUUUGAUUGUCAGCGAAAUGGCAGGCCAGACUCGCAGUAUCUGAAGUGGAGAUGGAAGCCGGAUGAAUGUGAUCUUCCGAGAUUUAACGCAACAGACUUUUUGGUGAGACUGAAAGGGAAAAGGCUGAUGCUUGUUGGGGAUUCCAUGAAUCGCAACCAAUUUGAGUCACUGCUUUGCCUUCUUCGUGAAGGACUUGGCAAUAAGAGUAAAAUGUCUGAGAUACAUGGAUAUAAAAUUACAAAGGGAAGAGGAUAUUACGUAUUCAAAUUUGAGGAUUACAACUGCACAGUGGAAUUUGUGCGUUCUCAUUUUCUUGUCAAAGAGGGAGUGCGCAUUAAUGCACAUGGUAACUCGAAUCCAAUUUUAUCAAUUGACCGUAUUGAUAAAACAGCUCCUCGCUGGAAGCAGGCUGACAUUCUAAUUUUCAAUACUGGCCAUUGGUGGGCCCACGGGAAGACUGCUAGGGGUAUAAACUACUAUAAAGUGGGUAGCUAUGUUUACCCCAAGUUUGAUGCAGUGGAAGCUUAUAGAAUAGCUUUGAAGACUUGGGCAAGUUGGGUAGAUGAACAUCUGGACCGGAAAAAAAAGGUUUUCUACAGAGGCUACUCAUCUGCUCAUUUCAGAGGCGGGGAUUGGGAUUCUGGUGGUUCAUGUAAUGGUGAAACUGAACCAGUUUUUAGCGGAACCAUCCUUGACAGCUAUCCUCUGAAAAUGAAAAUAGUGGAGGAUGUGAUCAAAGAGAUGCAAACGCAGGUGGUGCUACUGAAUGUGACGAGGUUGACCAAUUUUCGCAAAGAUGCCCAUCCAUCUAUUUAUGGGAAAAUGGUGACUAAAGGCGAAAAGGUUUCCACCAAACGGCAAGAUUGCAGCCAUUGGUGCCUUCCUGGAGUCCCUGAUACUUGGAAUGAGCUCAUAUAUGCCUCUUUAUUCUCUUGAAUCAGGUCCAUUUGCUAGCACCCAUAUUUUUUUAGUGCUAUUGACUCAUGACAAUGUAAUACUUGUUCAUACUUUCUUAAUCUAAUGACGCACAAUGGGCCAAUGUCUCUGAUUAUGUUGAAAAUCAAUCAAGCCUGUUUGA